GAGGAGACUGGGGAAGGGGAGGGUAAGGAGCUGAGAAAAAUCUCCAGGUAUGUUUGGAGAUUAGCACAAAGGCGAGGAACAACUCUACCACUGAGGCAGGCUGAAGCUGAGGGACAAAAACUCUUGAGUGUCUUAAAGCCCAUUCUAGAUCUUCCCAGUGUACAAGAUUUAAUACCUGGCAUGGGUCCACGACAUUGGUGAUCCUAGGAAUAUUUAAUUCCACUUCGGCAACAUUGUAUAUUGUCCACCUGCUUCGCGGCCUUGUGUGCUUGGCUCCUUCAGCUCAUGAUCCCGCCGAGAGCAACGCUAAGAGGGGAUUGGGAGGCUUGAACAGCAUGGAAGAAUCACAAGCAGAGCCUGCAGGUUUAGAGAAGGGUUCAAAGGAGGAGGAAGCAAGGCGGCCGGUGGCACAGUGGACAGCAGCCGAAGUGUGUGUCUGGCUAAGAGGAAAAACCUUGGGAACUCCAGGCAGCCCGCUGCUGGAGGCAGCCAAUAGCCAUGCCAUUUCUGGCAAGGCUCUCUUGCGCCUCUCCGAGGAAACCCUGGAGCGCAUGGGCAUAGCGUCAAAGAGCCUGCGGGAGGAGCUAUUGCAGGAGAUUCUCCUCCUGCGCAUUCAGCAAGAAAUGGAAGAUUUGCUGGAUAUUUCAGAUGAAUAACCCAGGAGAUCUAACAGGUUAACAUCACAACUGUCUGGAAAGCAGCCAUCUUGAAGCAUCCUCUAGAAUUGGUUAUUGGUGUCAGCUGUGCCUCCAGUUGGAUUGUGGGUCAUUGGAGAACGAAAAUCAGGCCAUUUGAGACUGGGACUCAAUUCUUCACGUCCAGUGCAAGUUCUUUUGCAGAAAAGUCUGGACUUGGAAAAGGAGGCAUUUCUGUUGUUAUUACCCCAAAUGAAAAGACCUGCUGAGAGCUAUUGAAAAUGCACUUCCAUACUGGGCUAUUCUGCGGCAAUGAAUUGGGGAAUUAAAUCCUUGGAGAGCAUUCAAGGUUUCCAGGUUAUCUUAAGAACAAACCUAUUCACGUCAUCUAAUAUCAGAGACAGACAACCUAGAUAUUUUGAGCAACUCCCUAAUACCUUGAUUGUUCCAUGUCUAGGCCUGAUGGAAACUGAAAAUCCAAAACAUCUGCAAAGAAUCGGUUGGGCUUCCCAUUUAUUAAACCGCGGUAAUACUCUGGAUUCAGGCAACCAUAGCAUUUGUACUUUGUGUCAUAUUUAAUCCUUGUCUCUUUUUAGACAAGUAUUUAUAUUAUUGCCAGGAUAGGCAUUGUUUUUCUCUGCUCCAAAUAAAUUGGACAACCAUCUUUUUGGGAUGGUAUAAAGAACUCCUGCCUUAAAUAGAGGGUUGGACUAGAAAAUCUCCAAGGUCUUUUCAGUCACAUGAUUCUAUGAUUCUGUGAAAUUCCUUUCUGUUCCUUGCCUCUUGAAAGCCAAAUCCCUCUCUUCCACCUCUUCCUGGCAACCUUUGAAAAGAACCUGUAGCUUCCCAAUUAGGAGAAAAAAAAUAUUGUAUCAGCAUUUUUUGAACUUCCACACAUUUUAAUACUUUUGCUAUUUGUUAUAUUGACAGCAGUGAUGAUAUUCAGCCGGUUCUAUCCGGAUUGGGCGAACUGGUAGUGGCGGUUGCGGGAAGCUCCGCCCACCCGCCUGGACAUAUAUCACGUUCUGUUUUUGACGCUCUGCGCAUGUGCAGAAGGCCCUGCGUAUGUGCGGAGGUGGCGCAUGCAAGCGAAGUGCGUGCGCACGCUUCACAUUUGCGAACCGGUAGUGAAAGUAAGUGAAUACCACCCCUGAUUGACAGGUGCUAUUUUAUUUCUAGAAUACUCCGAUAACAAAUAUUGAUUGGCAGAUAGAUUUUUGUUUUUAAGACCGUUUUGCAAAUAAAAUCAUUUUAUGCCAACACAAAA